CGGGCCAUCGGAAAUUAAAAACCAGAUAUGGAUUUGGGUAAUUUGCUGCCGGUGAUGGGUCACUUUCCACCGACGAUCUUCUUCUCCGAUGAAGCAGACAAACAGAAUUCAAUGAUGGAGGAUUAGUUGUACCUGUUGCUUUUUAUUCCUUACUUCUCACUCUACCUGUCACUCAAACCAAUCACCCCCAAUUAUUUCUCUUCUACUUUCUCACUCCUCCUCCCAAACAGCAAAUCCCAUCCAUCUCGCCAUUACUGAAAAGAUUUGCAGAGUGAUUGCUUAAGUAGUCCGCGACCGAGAGUUAGUAGAAGAAGCAUUGGAAAAUGAUGGAGAGAGAUUCGUCGGACGAAGAGGAGGAUCACGAGAAUCUGAUUUCUCAAAACGCCAGGCCAAACGACGUCGUUAAGUCCCCCACCAAUCACACUCGCCGCUCCGCCCUCCGUAUCGACGGCGGAGGCCGGUUAUCCGGCGCCGCUCGCGGAUUCAACAAGAGGUAUCUUCUCGCAAUUCUUCUGCCCAUGGUGAUUUUGAUUCUGUAUUUCACCACCGAUUUGAAAAGUUUGUUCCAGAUGCGUAUUCCCACGAUUAAAGAUAUCGGAGGUAAUUCCCCCCUUAAUCGAAUGCGCGAGUCGGAAUUAAGGGCUUUGUAUCUGCUUAAGCAGCAGGAACUUCAACUUCUGAAGAUGUGGAAUUAUACCACAUUGCAGAAUCAAUCGAAUUCUAGCUCGGUAAAUAACUCUAAUUCGUUUGAUGAAGACUUGAAAUCGCGGGUUUUCAGCCAGAUUUCAUUGAAUAAGCAAAUUCAAGGGAUUCUAUUGUCCUCUCAUGAAAGUGAAGGAUUUCCGGAUUUGAAUGAGAAUAACACAGAUGCAAGUCUUUCUGGUUGGAAUAUGUGUGGGAAGGUAGAUCAGAAAUUAUCGGAGCGAAGAACGAUUGAGUGGAAGCCUAGAUCAAACAAGUAUUUGUUAGCUAUUUGUGUUUCAGGGCAAAUGUCGAAUCAUUUGAUUUGUUUGGAGAAGCAUAUGUUUUUUGCAGCUCUGCUAAAUCGGGUUUUGGUGAUCCCGAGUUCGAAGGUUGAUUUUCCGUUCCAUCGGGUAUUAGAUAUCGAGACCAUAAACAAGUGUUUAGGGAGGAAAGUGGUAGUUACAUUUGAGGAGUUUGCAGAGAUUAAGAAGAACCAUUUGCAUAUCGAUAAAUUCAUGUGUUAUUUCUCUUUACCACAGCCUUGUUUCAUGGACGACGACCAUCUGAAGAAGUUGAAAGGGUUGGGUCUCUCUUUGGGCAAGAUUGAGACUGUGUGGAAGGAGGAUGUUAAGAAGCCGAACCAGAGGAAAGUCGAUGAUGUCACGGCAAAGUUUUCUUCGGACGAUGAUGUCAUCGCAGUCGGAGAUGUUUUCUUUGCUGACGUGGAGAGGGAGUGGGUGAUGCAGCCAGGUGGCCCAAUUGCCCACAAAUGCAAGACUUUGAUCGAGCCUAGUCGGCUUAUAUUGCUCACUGCCCAUCGCUUUAUCCAGACAUUCUUGGGGAAGGAUUUCAUAGCUCUUCAUUUUCGCCGACAUGGUUUCUUGAAAUUCUGUAAUGCGAAGCAACCGAGUUGCUUUUUUCCCGUUCCUCAAGCUGCAGAGUGCAUCAAUCGAGUGGUUGAAAGGGCUAAUACUCCAGUCGUAUAUCUGUCUACAGACGCUGCAGCUAGUGAAACUGGUUUGCUGCAGUCACUUGUUGUAUGGAAUGGAAAGACCGUCCCGCUCGUUCAAAGACCUGCUCGUAAUUUAGCUGAAAAAUGGGAUGCUUUACUUUACAGGCAUGGACUCGAGGGAGAUUCUCAGGUUGAAGCAAUGUUGGAUAAGACUAUUUGUGCUUUGUCUUCGGUGUUUAUUGGAUCUUCUGGAUCGACUUUCACAGAGGAUAUUUUACGGAUACGUAAGGACUGGGGAUCAGCAUCUGUAUGUGACGAGUACUUGUGCCAGGGCGAACUUCCGAAUUUUAUUGCAGAAGAUGAGUAAAUUAGGAUUUAAUUUGUGUAUAUUAAAAUUUAGCUGUUCUUGACUAGCAAUUUUCCUCAAAGAUGAGUCACUCCACCUAAUUAAACGAUCGGUCAGUUCGUCUUGAAUCUCUCGAAACAUUUGCUUGUAUUGCUUCUUGUAAAUGGGAUCUAUUACCUGAUUUUUUUGUUGAUCUAUGUAAUAAGAGUUUCAUCAAGCAAAUGCUAUUUGUUCUUUUUUUU